GCUGCUUACUGCAUCAAAACGCUGUUAUGAUGUGCUGUUAUGGUGUAAUAUCACCAAACUUUGUAAACGCGAUCCACAGUAUUCAAAGUACUGUUACAUUAAUGUGUAUAUUACACAAGAAAUUUAUUUCCAACUAAAUAAAUCUCUACAUUUUCCCAAUCUUAUCUAUUUUUUUUUAUUUUGACUAAAAAAUCAAGCAAAGAGUCGAGAAAGAGCUGACUCCGACUGAGCACCGGUGAUUUAUCAAUCUGAAUCUAGGGCUGUGAAGUAAGAACAUAUUUUGUAACCAAAAACAUGGCCAGAAAAAUUGAGUGCCACUAUGAGGUGCUGGGAGUCGAGCGUGAUGCUGACUUGGAUGAGCUGAAGAAGUCGUACAGAAAGCUGGCCUUGAAAUAUCAUCCAGAUAAAAAUCCUGACAACAUUGAAGAAGCCACCGCCAAGUUUCGUGUUGUACAGCAGGCGUAUGAAGUGCUGAGUGACCCACAAGAAAGGGCUUGGUAUGACAAACACAGGGAGGCUAUUUUAAGAGGUGGUCUUGGAGGUGGUGACAAAUAUGAUGAUGAGAGCCUGGACAUUUUCCAGUACUUUAACUCCAGCUGCUACUCUGGUUUUGGUAGUGAUGAGAAUGGCUUCUAUUCUGUUUAUGGAAAAGUUUUUGAAAAACUGGCAGAGGAAGAUUAUGUUUUCAUGCCAGAUAGAAAAAAAGAUGAAGAAUUUCCUAAAUUUGGAGGACCUGAGGCAGACUAUGAUGAGAUAGUGGGACCAUUCUAUGCGUUUUGGUCAAGUUUCUGCACCAAUAAAACGUAUGUGUGGGAGGAGAAGUACGACACACGUGAAGCCCCAGACCGGCGCUGCAGGAGGGCCAUGGAGGCUGAGAACAAGAAGCUGAGAGAUGCUGCCAAAAAGGAGCGCAAUGAAGAGAUUAGGAACCUUGUGGCCUACGCCAAGAAAAGAGACAAGAGAGUGCAAGCAUACAAGAAAAAACUUGAGGAAAGACACGCAGAAAUAGAAGCUAAAACUCGUCAGAAAAGAGAAGACGACAUCAGAGACAGGAAGAAAAAACUGGAGAGUUACCAGGAGGCCGAUUGGUCAGCCAUGUCAGCUUUAGAGAAAGAUCUGCAGCAACUAGAAGCUCAUCUUGAUGAACAUUUUGGUGAAGUGGACAAUGGGCUGAUGGAUGACCUAGCCGAGGACAACGAAGCCAAUGGGGAUGAGGAUAUUUUGUACAUGGAUGAACUCUACUGCGUGGCCUGCAACAAAUCUUUCAAAAGUGACAAAGCGUUCUCCAACCACGAGAAGUCCCGUAAACACAAGGAGAUGGUGGCUAUCAUAGCCCAGCAGAUGCAGGAGGAGGAGGCAGGAGAGCUGCCCACUGAUGAGGACAACGUACCCGUACAGGCAAGUCCCACAACUCUGGAUGGUCAGGAUCUCAGGCUGUCAUCUGAUGAGGAACAGGAGGAACAAAAACAGAGACUCUCCAAAAAACAGAAGAAAAAACGUCGGCAGAAAAUUGUAGCUGAGGCUGAAGAAGAUAUUCUAACUGAGCAACUGGCUGAUGUCAAAUUAUCAGAAGAACCAAUCAAAAGUUCCACCAAGUCAAAAAAAGCCAGAAGAAAAGCCGCCAAAACAAAUGAAAAGACCAACACAACAGAGGACAGUGUGGAGGGAGAUGACGAUGCUAGAGAAGAAACUCCAGAACUUGUGGAGAAUGGACAGGUGAAAGAGGGGCCAUCACUAGAGGUGGAAGAGAAUGGGGAGGUACCUGAGGCACCAGCGCCACUGGCAACAGACACUGCUGACACAUCAGAGUCUCAUCAAUCACAGGAAAAUGAUAGGAAAAAAAGCCAGUCACAGAAGCCUAAAGAAAGUUUAAAGUGCAACGUGUGCAAGCGAGGCUUCCCCUCUAGAAACAAACUCUUUGAUCACAUCAAGCAGACAGGCCACGCCAUCAGGCUCGAUGCUGCUGAGGUGGAGGAAAAAGAGGAAGAAAAGGGGAAGAAAGGCAAGAAGAAAAACAGGAGAUGAUGUUAAAGGAGAGUAGAGGACUCUUUUGGUUUUAGAUCUUCGCAUUUGGCUUAGCUGGGAGCAAAACAUUGUAGGACAUUGUUACAAAGUUUCUUUAACAUUGAUCGUUAGCCUGUAGGGUACAAAUUUGUUCUUCAACAAAUGUUGCCAGUCUCUUUAACAUAGAUAGUCAGCUUGUAGGAUACAAAUUUGUUGUGCAACAUUUGUUGCCAGUUUCUUUAACAUUGAUAGUCAGCUUGUAGGAUACAAAUUUGUUGUGCAACAUUUGUUGCCAGUUUCUUUAACAUUGAUAGUCAGCUUGCAGGAUACAAAUUUGUUCUGCAACAAAUGUUACCAGUUUCUUUAACCUUGAUAUACAUUUGUAACACAACAAAUGUCAAGUUUCUUUAAUUAGUUAAACAUGGGUAGCCUUUAGGAGUUUUCUUGCUAAUGUUUUUCUCUCCUAUCUUUGACAAAAAGUCUUUCCCAGCUCAACAAAAACAAUGCAAAUGUUCUCUCAGCUGUGUGCCACUGUUGGCUAGUCAUGUCCUGGUGAUUGUUGUUUUAUCACAGGUUGUGUGAGUCUGUUGUUGGCUGGACUUGUAAAUAAACACUUGGGGUAUUGGCAGAUAUGUGUCUGUCUUAGUUUAACUAAGCAAUGUUGUGUUAGAAAAAAAAAAGAAAACCAAAGAAAAAACCCACAAAAAUUGAGAAAAAAAGAAUUGUUUCUU